AUGGCAAAGGGUGAAAAGCGGAAAAUUGGGUUUUUAGCGUACACUGGUUUACGCAUAUAUUUGCCUGUUCCUGUUCAAAAUACUUACAUGUCCGAAGCCAUAUUUUGUGAUGUACUUAUUUUGGGCGCUGGUAUUUCUGGACUUGCUGCCGCCAAACUACUAACUAAUGAAGGACUCAAAACGAUUGUUUUAGAAGCGAGACCACGAAGUGGUGGCAGAAUUCAUACGAUAGAUCUUCCUCCUGUUACUGGCGAAACACAUAGUAAAGCUGUUGUUGACUUAGGAGCUAGCUACCUUCAUGGGUGCAACAAUUCUCAGGAUGUUCAGCCUUUGUUUACUCUGGCUAGUCGUCUAAAGAUCUCAACUGCUCCUGCUGCUGGAGAUGUUUUAGGUACACAUCGGGGUUGGGAAUGUCCAGAGGUAGCUGUGUGGCGAGACAAUAAAUCAGGAAAGGAAAUUGGGUUGCCAGAGGUGGCUGAUAUGAGUUUCCUUCUUGACAGAUGUUUACUGUACAUUCUUAUGGUGGCAAAUCAGAGAAAACAAGAAAAUCGAUCAAGUAAAACUUUGGCUACUGCAUUACCAAGUGCUCUGGAAUCAUGUCUUCAUUUACUAUACAAGGCAGGAUAUCGAACUUCUCCAACUCUUUCUCGAAGGGAAAAAGGAAUUUUCGACUCGCUUUUUGCUCGCUAUAUAGCAUAUGUAAAUCCGGCCCAUAGACUUUCUCCUAAACUCUCUUUGGGACCUCAUUUUGAAGCUGAUGCUAUGGCAGGUUUAGCUCUGAAUGUUGACCAACCAAGCUCUGCAUCCAAAAGAAUCUAUUUGGAUUGGUUGCAAGAAAAAAGGACCCACUUAAGUUUGAAUGGUUCCUGUAAGAGCAUUGCUCGUCGAACUGAUCACAAAUGGGAGGAUCGUUUAGUUUUAGAUGGAUUCUCAAAGUUUGUUGAUUUUCUAGCCUCUGAUGUGGACAUUCAUUACCGAUGUGUUGCACGACAUGUCUAUUGGCCAAGUCACAUAGAAUUCGGUAAAUGUAAUAGAGAAACUAAUAUUCAGUCAAUUCAUGAAAAUGCCGCCUCAUGGUCUACCAAAACUCUCAUGAAUUUUGUUGAGUCUUCUAAUCUUGUUUGUGUUGAUGUGGCGCAGUACUCAGGGGAACCAUCUACAUCGGUACUGAACAGACAAUCUUCUAAACGAUAUUUUGCACGAUUCUGUAUCGUAACAGUACCAGUUGGUGUGCUAAAAGGUCUUGAUCGUCGUAGUGCCAUCCAGUUUCAUCCAUGUCUGCCUUCAGAGAAACGACUUGCAAUAGAUCGUCUUGGUAUUCCGAAGUUGGGAGCUGAAACUCAUAAUAAGGUUAUCUUAAUGUUUAAUCCAUCAGAGAUUUUUUGGGAUCGUGACACACCUCACAUUACGUGUCCCGGUGCAUACCUUCACAUACUUAAUUGUGACUUUUAUGGAAACCCAGGUGUUUUGGUUGCUCACGUGUGGGGCGGUUCCAAGCUCAAGAUUACUGGUCGAUCUGAUCAAGCUGUAGUAAAAACCGUACUAGAUUUAUUGGGUGGUAUGUACCCGACUCAAUGUCCAUUGCCUGAACCUAUAUAUACUCACGUUACCCGAUGGUCAGAAGAUCCUUUUAGUUUGGGUGCUUAUACUGCUGGUGAGGUUGGUUGCGGUGACGCGGAUCGACACGCCUAUGCAAGUAGUCUGCCUUCUAAAGUUUAUCCGAAGUUGCUUUUUGCCGGUGAGGGGACCGUUGACAGUUCUGGUGGUCAACAAUGUACUCAUGGUGCUUUUUCAUCAGGUGUCGAUCGCGCUUUCGAUGUUUUAGAUUGUAUUCAAGGUGGCCGUUGCCGUUUACGUGAUGUGCGCAUCGUUGAUUAUCUCACUGGACAUCGUUAUGACCUAUUUCCUCCUCAUGAAAUGGUACGAAGGGCAAAGAAGCGAAAAAUGUUAAACUUGACUGAAGACUGUAAAAAGCCCAAUGCUAACUUGUCUUGUAAACAAGAGUCAUCGCCGGUUAAAUGUAUCCAGUCUAGCCGGGAACCGGUAAGCACAGAAUCAUCAGACAGCCAAUAUUCUGAAGGUGACUCAAGUUCAUCUACAUUAGAUUUUGAAUCUGUUGAAUCCUGUGUUUUGUUUCCCAAACCGACACGGCGUUCAACUCGCCUUACUACAUGGAUUUCCUCUCAAGCCUCUUCAUCUCUUCGAAGAGAACUUAUGUUAAUGUACCACAAAAAAAGACACUCCAGGAGUUUUAAUGCUCUGAAUGACUGUAGCAGGCGUUGCAGUAAGGUUAUGUCAACUGACAGCCAUGCUAUUUCCAAAGUUAGUGAUGAUGGAAAGCAUCCAUUUUCUUGUUUCACAGGACACCACAAUUUGGAUAUGGUAGCCAAAUCUGUAUCUGUUUCUUUGCCGUCAUCUAUUAGUCCACCUCCACUCACACAGACUUGUCUUUCAAGUAUACGUAGUUCAUCCCCUAUUUCUGAUAUGGCUGGUUGUGUACUUACAGAUUGUAAUGGAGAUUUUAAAGAUUUUUCUCCGCCUGUAAACUCUGUAUUGCAUUCUACAGAAAAUAAUUCAGAAGGUAA